AUUUCGUCUCGCUCAGAAACAACCAAGCUUCGGGGGGUAGCGUCUAAAGAUGUGCAUGUGCUCUCACAGCCUUCUGAAUUCUAUAAAAAUCUACUUAACAUCAUCCGUCGUGCACGGCAACGGAUUUUUCUGUCGUCAUUAUACAUAGGUUUCUCGGAGACAGAACUGAUAAACGCUUUAGACGAUGCACUUCGGAGAAAUCCUGGUUUACACCUUUACUUAAACUUGGACUACAACCGGUCAACUCGACCAGGACCAUCAUCUCCCAUUCUCUCCCUUCUUCCCCUCCUACGGAACUAUGAGCAUAGAGUACAUAUAUCCCUUUUUCGGAGUCCAAAGCUCAGCGCAACGAUGUCAAAGAUAGUCCCUCCUCGAUUCAAUGAAGGUUGGGGCACCUGGCAUGCCAAAAUUUACGGUUCUGAUGAUGAUGUCAUGAUUAGCGGAGCGAACCUGAACAAAGCAUACUUUUCGAACAGACAAGAUCGCUAUCUGCAUUUUAGUGCACAACCUGCUCUUGCAGAUUACUGUUUCUCAUUCUUGCAGACCUUCUCUGGUUUUUUCGUAUCGAGUGCUGGCAACUCCAGAUGGACCGGCCCUUCAUUGGGAAGACAAGUCUGUUUUGCCGUGGCAGAUCCAGUCCAAGGCAGAACCAGUGAAGAGCAGGCAAAUUCGUCGGAUGUAGUCAUCUUUCCUGUUAUUCAAGCUGGGCAGUUCAAUAUCCGAGAGGAGGAGCACACUCUGUCGAUGCUCUUCGAUCACUUCGCAUCUCGCGAGUACUGCCUUGAUCAAGAACCUGUCAUGAAUCUGACAAGUGGCUACUUUGGACUAUCCAAGGAAUACCAGGAUCUGAUUUUGAAAUCCAACCCUGCUGAUCAUGAUGUAACCCGCGUUCCUAGGCAAAUGGCUUUCUACGGUUCUGGUGGCUUGUCUGGGCUCAUUCCUGAGGGAUAUACCCUAUUGGAGAAACGCUUCAUGUCGGCGGUAAGAGCCGCAGGUCGACUUUCUUCAAAUGUCCCAGACCACCACAAUAUCAGCCUUAAAGAGUGGGAGAGGGAUGGUUGGACAUACCACGCGAAAGGAAUUUGGCUUUCUCCUUCAAUAGAUUCACCGCCGGUCCUCACGCUUUUUGGGUCGACGAACUUGAACUCACGUUCAGCAAACCUUGACACAGAGCUGUCUUUCGUGAUGGCAACCUCGUCAGAUGAUUUACGUCAAAAAUUACAGGAGGAAAUUCAGGGACUGCAUCAUUGGGCGGUGCCUUGGAGGGGCGGAGAAAGAAAGGUCAGGUGGCGCACGAAAGCUAUUGUGGCUCUCGUCGGUGGGAUGUUCUCACUGUGA